ACCAUCAUCAUCGGUUCCUCCUCUCCGCAUAGCAAAUAUUCUCAUUGAGCCCAACUUAACAUUAAUCGAUAUGGUUCCAAGUUCAUUUAAUCCUCAUGAAGAGCUCGAUGAUGAUGAUGAUGAUGAUGAAGAUGAUAUUAUCUAUCCAGAAGGUGUUACUGAGUUGCGUCCAUAUAAAAUUGUGGCUCGUUAUCGAAGAGCCAUUGGUGAAACGACAGAUUUUCGUCUCAAACCAAUUCUUGUUAGUGAAGACUCGACAGAAACACUUGUGCUAGGACUCGAACACUUUGCUCAGCAACAUAACUGUAGUUUGACUUUUACAGGUGAAAAUCAACAAUUCGAUCAAAGUAUCUAUCAAGCAGCGGCUGGUGUCGCCGACUUAGGCAGUAUUCAUCUUUUGGCAACUGAUGCUUUACUUACUGCUAACUUUCAAUUCGAAAUCGAUCUUGAUUAUGAUCGAGAAAUUAUUCAAUCUGAAGAAAAUAUACAAAAAUUUGUUGAAGGCUUUUGUGAAGCCAUUUGCAAAGUGCUUUCUUGUGAAAAUGGUAAUGUUCGCGUGUUUUCUAUUAAUAAAUUAGCUGACGAAGUAGGAAAAAGUCAAAUAAACUUUGGUUUGACUACACAUGAACAAAAAAGAACUGAACAAUUAGCUCAUGAUCUAACGAUUUAUGCUCGUUCUGGCUUUGGAACUGACAUUAUUCUUCAACAUGUUAAACCAGGAGAAUAUGAAUGUUUAUGGAAACCUAUGGUUAGCUAUUUACAAAUACGACCUAGUGAUUUAGAUCCUCAAUUCAACUUCGACUACAGGACAUCAGGCUUACCUGAAAAACUUACACGUGGAAGUUAUCCAUAUUAUCUUCCACUUGGAUGGUAUCGCUAUGCACUCAAAGUUCUCGAUAAGUAUAGUAACGAUAAUACUUGGAUCGGCCAGGUGAACGCUGAAGGAGAAUGGCCUGUUGCAUUUUAUGGAACACAUUCUGAUGCAGUUAGUAGUAUUCUACAACAUGGUUUAUUGCCAAGUGUUGUCAAAACUGACACCAUGAAACAAGAGGCAAUUACACAAAUCGGAGAAGAAGCGAAUCAACCAGGAUUUUAUGUGACAACACAUUGUGAAGGUGGAUCAUAUCCUCAAUAUACUACACCGUUUACUGUGACUACAUUUCCUAAUAAGAGUGAGCAAUUUAGUCUUGUUUUUCAAUGUCGCGUUCAACCUGGCAAGUUUACAA